UCGGCUACCCAGAGGCUAUUUAAGCUGUGGGCUGGCUUUCCCCGGGGUCCGAGGAUUGUUCAAUGUUCCUGAAUAAACUGCAUUGGAAAAAAAAAAAUAAAAAAAUUAAAAAAUUAAAAAAGAAAAAAAAAAAGAAGACUUACACAUGACAGACAAUUCUAAUUACACAUCUAUUAUGUGUUAAGAUGACUAUUCUGGCGUGUGUCCAUUACUCAGGAUGCCCUCCUGAACUGGGGAAAAAAGCUGUUGUAGCCCAACAAUAGGGCAUUUGGCUCAUAGGUGCAAGACCUUAUGUUCAUUCACCAUGGCAUUAUGAAGAGAAAAAUUCCCUCUCUUCCUUCAUGAUCAAAACUCUAAACAUAUAUUUUAAAACAUGAAGUUAAUGAUUAUUUUUGUUUGGUAGAAUUCCCUUCCAACUUAGAUGGAUUACUUGACAUCAGAAAACAACUAUAAAAACCCUGACUAAAUGUCAUAAAUUAUCUCCUUAAAACCAACAGGAAGCUGAUAUUUUGUAAGAACUGAAUCCUACAGACAGUUUUCUCAAAGAAUAAUGAACAGAUUCAUGAUAGAGCCAACAUUAAUUCAGUCACCUCUGACAGAAAUGAGGACUCAAGCAUACAGCCAGUCUUCUUUCCAGGGCACUUGUCAACUCAGCCCCCCAGGAGAGAAGACUAAGACUGUAACGGGAAAACUCUCUGAAGGCAGAAUGAGAUUUUGUACAAAGUGCAAAGAGUAGAGGUUGGGACUGGCCUGGAUAACUCAUGCUUUCAACUUGAAACAAGUCAAGGUCAGAUGCUUGUAAGGUCUUGAGAGAAUCCUGACAAUGCUCAGCAGCUGUUUGGAUUAGAGCGACUGUUCUACAUAUUUCAUUAUCCAACUAAGAGCAAAGGGUGAGCUCCUCAUAGAAGAACAUAAAUGUCCAACCAUUGGUAGGUGCAUGCCACAAAACUCGAUAAUAUAAAGAAAACCAAGAAGAGAAAACAGCCCAAUUACCUGUUGAAAUUCACUAACAAUGUCAUUAAAAUAAAUAUUUUUGAAACAUGAACCAAUUAUACAAAUAAAGAAAAAGAGAGUUUCUUAAAAGAAUUGAAGUCUAAGACUAAAAGGCAAUUCCAUAAUAGAAAUAUGUCUGUCAUAAAACUCCAUGAAUGACAAAACAUCAUAACAAUAAAUGAAUAUAAAAUUAGUGGAAAGAAGGCAUGUUGAUAUGAGAUACCUAAAAUAAAUACAAAAAAUAAAAUAAAAGGCUUGAAAACAUGGCUCAGAGGUUAAGAACAAGUGCCUAGGAGUUCGGUUUUAAGCACCCACCCCUAUCAGGGGGAUCACGAUGCCUUUAACUUCAGAUCUGAAGAAUCUAACAUUCUUUUCAAGACAUUCACACCCUCAUGACGUACAUUCUCAUGCACACAAGCAGAAAAUAAUUAAAAACACAAAUGUAUGUACCUUCUUCUCAGCACCUCAUGGAACUUCUCUGAAAUUGACCAUAAAGUCUGGCAGAAAGCAAGCCUUAGCAGGUACAAGAAGAUUGAAAUAACCCCUUGUAUCCUCUUAGACCACUAUGGUCUAAAACUAGACUUUAACAAUAAUAGAAAUAGCAAAAAGCCUAUAAAUACAUGGAAACUGAACAACUCUCUAUGUCAUAACAGCUGGGUCAGAAAAGAAAUAAAAAAAAUUACAGACUUCUAGAAUUCAAUGAAAACGAAGGCACAACUUACUCAGACUUAUGGGGCAUAAUGAAAGCAGUGCUAACAGGAAAGUUCAUAGCACCAAAUGCCUUCAUAAAGAAAUAUGAGAAAUCUCAUACAAGCAAUUUAAUGGCACACCUGAAAGUACUAGAAGAAAAAAGAAGCAGACACAUUCAAGAGGAGUAGACAGCUGUUAAUAAUCAAACUCAGAACUGAAAUCAACAAAUCAAAAAACACGGAGAACAAUUCAAAGAAUAAAGCUAACCAAGAGCUAGUCCUUUGAGAAAAUCAGCAAGAUAGACAAACCCUUUCCCAAACUAACUAAAGGGCAGAGAGACGCUAUCCAAAUCAACAAAAUCAGAAAUGAAAAGGGAGACAUAACAACAGACACUGAGGAAAUCAAAAGAAUCAUUAGGUCCUACUUCAAAAGCCUAUAUGCCACAUAAUUUUAAAAAUCUAAAUGAAAUGGACAAUUUUCUUGAUAGAUUCCAUAUACCAAAGUUGAAUCAAGAUCAGGUAAAUAAAUUAAAUAGUCCCAUAUUCCAUAAGAAAAUGGAAGCUAUCAUCAAAAGUCUCCCAUCCAAAAAAAGCAAAGGGUCAGAUGGUUUCAGUGAAGAAAUCUAUCCGACCUUCAAAGAAAAGCUAAUUCCAAUAUUCUUCAAACUAUUCACAAAAUAGAAAAAGAAGGAACAUUACCAAAUUCAUUCUAUGAGGCCACAGUCACGUUGAUAUCUAAACCACAGAAAGACCCAACAAAGAACAAGAAUCUCUGACCAAUCUCUUAUAUGAACACUGACACAAAAAUACUCAAUACUCAGAAACCAAAUCCAAGAACUCAUCAAAGAUAUCAUCCACCAUGACCAAAUACACUUCAUCCCAGGCAGGCAGGAGUGUUUCAUUAUAUGGAAAUCCAUCAAUGUGAUCCACCAUAUAAACAAAUGAAAGAGAAAAAAAAAAACAUGAUCAUCUCCUUAGAUGCUGAAAAAGCAUUUGACAAAAUCCAAUUCAGGUUUAAAAUUUUGGAUAGAUCAGGAAUAAAAGGCACAUACCUAAACAUAAUAAAGACAACAUACAGCAAGCCUAUAGCCAAUAUCAAACUAAAAGGAGAGAAACUUCAAUCAAUCCCACUGAAAUCAGUGACAAAGCAUGGCUGCCCACUCUCUCUUUAUCUCUUCAAUAUGGUACUGGAAGUUCUAGCUAGAGCAAUAAGACAACUAAAGGGGAUCAAGGGAUACAAAUUAGAAAGUAUCACUAUUCACAGAUGAUACGAUAGUAUAUGUGAGUGACCCCAAAAGUUCCCAGGGAUUUUACAGUUCUCUGGCUCUGUGGGAAUACACAAAGAAGACUGUUAUUUGAUAACAAAAGAAAUGAGCUAUCUGUCUACAGAAAGCCAUUGAGAAACUUAAGUGCACAUUUGUAAGCCAUAAAACCUCAGCUGAAAAAAAAACCUCAAUAGUGUAAAAUUCUGACUAUAGAGGCAGAAAAUUUGUCAGUGAUUUCCAAAUAAUCCAACAAAAAAGGAGAGAAAAAUAAUAGAUUUAGAAGAUGGGAAAAGAGUGAAAAUAUGAUAUUCAGGAAAAUUAUGUGCACGUGGGAUUAAAUUUAUCCAUGCCUAUAGGCAGCAAGAGGGAACCUUAUUUGAAAUAUGGACUCAGGGAUGCAUAUGCAGGCUUAUCCACUGUAAAAAAUGUACCUGUAUGAGAGCUUGACCUAUAAUGACAAAGGCUGCACAUGGUGUGGAGAGAAAGAGAGGGUAUGUUAGAAAUAUCUGCACUUCCCAGUCAUUUUCUGUGAUUCUAAAAAUACUCAUUAAAAAAGGCAUGUUUAUUUCAAAAAAUGACACUUUCCUUUCAACAAAAUCUGUAAUGAGUCUGAAGUAAUGAAAACAACAGAGUACUAGAUGACCAUGAGAGAGAGAAGUGGAACACGGGGGCAGACAUGUAACCACCUUGCUUUGGGACGGGGUAACCCAUCAGGAGCGGGCAGGCACAUUCCUUUGUAACAUGGUGUGAAGGCAUUUGGAAGUCAAGAAUACCAACCUAACGCAUUCAAAACAUGGUUCGAGUGUAUGAUAUGUUUGUGUCUGAAAGGGAAAUUUUAAAAAUGUACACACAUUUUUUAUGAACUCCAGUAAUGGAAAUUUAAAAGUGCUAAACAAAACUGAAAGGUAUUAACAAAUAAAACUAAACACAAUCGACAUGUUUUGUUGAUCAAAGCACAAUUAUCAACAAAAUUUAAGACACACAGUGGGAGAUAUUUCAGCAUAUAUAUCUGAAAAAGAGAUUAUAGACAGAAUGUAUGAGAUUUUUUUUUUCAAAACGACAACAAACAGAAGCUCCAUAUCAGGAAAAAUAUAUGAGACAUGAACAAGCACCUCGAAACAAUAUAACCUGAUGACCCAUAAAUAUGGAAAUGUGCAUAAAUUCAUGAGUGACACACAAGCGCUAAAAAUUUACACUAUGGAGUCACCACACACUCAAGUGCAAAAAAUUGGGAGGACAACCCCAAAUGCUUAGAGGGAUAUGACGCAACUGGAAUGCUCAUGCUUCGACAGUUUUAGUAAAACUAAACAUGAAAAAAAAAUAUUAGUCUUGUGGAGAAGUAAAGUGACCAAAGAGUAGAAGGCUAAGGUUCUCUUUGAAUUUGGCCUAUUUUAAAUACUAUAUAAGUGAAGCUAAAAAAAAUAAAUAAAUAAAAUAAAACAUACAAAUUCAUUGAGUUAUGUAAUUAUGACUUUUUCUUCCUUUCUGGAUGUAUGGUAUGUUGCAAAGCAAAUAUAGAAUGUAUAAAUCAAUUUUGUAAACCAAGAUAAGAAACUGAAUUCAUAUACUCAGUACUCUUAUGGGAAAAGAUUAAUUUAUUCUUAUAGCAAAAAAAAAAAAAGAAUUAGUUCAACAAAAUUACAUUUAGAACUUUCAGUUGCUGAGAACUGACCUUACAAUUCAGGUUGCAAGUGUAAAUUACGACAAUAUUGAAAACAUCAAGGUUAAAAUGUGGAGUGAAAUGGGAAAAGGAACUGCAAGAUCAAAUAAGGACGCUUGGUGGCGCUGCAGGGUAAGAAUAUCAAGAUUGGAUUCUGCGGAUGCCCAGGAAGCCAUCUCAUUAACCCGACAGUCAGAACUUUGGAAGGAAGCUUCUCAAAGAGGAGGUAAUUGGGUAGGGUUUAUGGAAGAAUUUGGGGGGAAAAGCAUCUCCAAAAUCGGAUGGGAGUGGAUUGAAAUCGCCUUGAAGAAGCAGCACCCUCUGGGCUGAAUCUGAACAAUGGAGACAGCACCAGCAAAGACGCCACAGCAAAGGCAAGUCGUUUUUCUUGUUAUCUUGCUGCUUUUGUGGGAGGCUGGUUCUGAGGCAAUUCGAUAUUCCAUGCCAGAAGAGACUGAGAGUGGCUACUUGGUGGCUAACCUGUCAAAAGAUCUGGGGCUCAAGGUUGGGGAGCUGGCCACUAGAGGCGCGCAAAUCCACUAUAAAGAAAACAAAGAGCUCUUACAGCUGGAUGCUGAGACUGGGAUUCUGUUCUUGAAAGAAAAGCUAGAUCGCGAGGAGCUGUGUGGGGGGACAGAUCCCUGUGUGCUGCACUUCCAGAUCAUAAUGGAAAACCCUGUGCAGUUCUUCCAAACUGACUUGCAGCUCACAGAUAUAAACGACCAUUCUCCAGAGUUCCCCCAGAGGGAAAUGCUUCUAACAAUCCCUGAGAGCGCCCAGCCAGGCACUGUGUUUCCUCUGAAGGCAGCGGAGGACCCUGACAUAGGGAGCAAUGCUGUUCAGAACUACACAGUCAGCCCCAACCUCCAUUUCCACGUUGUUACUCACAGUCGCCCAGAUGGCAGCAAAAACCCAGAGCUGGUGCUGGACAGAGCCCUGGACAGGGAGGAGCAGCCUGAGCUCACUUUAACCCUCACUGCUCUGGAUGGGGGGACCCCUCCCAGGUCUGGGACCACCACAGUGCGCAUUGAGGUGGUGGACAUCAAUGAUAACGCCCCCCAGUUUGUACAGUCGCUCUAUGAGGUGCAGGUCCCUGAGAACAGCCCCCUCAAUGCCUUGGUUGUCAGGGUCUCUGCCACAGACUUAGAUGCUGGAAUCUAUGGGAAUGUAGCCUACUCUCUGUUCCAAGGCAGUGAAGUACCUCAACCAUUUGUAAUAGAUGAAACCACAGGAGAAAUUCGAUUGAGAAAAGAGUUGGAUUUCGAGGUAACCAGCUUUUACAAUAUAGAAAUCGCAGCCACAGAUGGAGGAGGAUUUUCAGGCAAAUGCAGUGUUCUUGUUAAGGUGUUGGAUGUGAAUGACAAUGCUCCUGCGUUGAUGGUCAGGAAGCUCACAAUACAAGUCCCAGAAAAUUCCCCAGAGACUGUAGUUGCUGUUUUCAGUGUUUCUGACCCAGAUUCUGGAGAUAAUGGAAGGAUGGUGUGUUCUAUUCCAAAUGAACUUCCGUUUCUUUUGAAGUCAACUUUUGAGAAUUAUUACACUUUAGUGACAGAAGGAGCACUGGACAGAGAGAGCAGAGCCGAGUACAACAUCACCAUCACCGUCUCCGACAUGGGCUCACCCAGGCUCACAAUCCAGCACACCAUAGCAGUGCAGGUGUCCGACAUCAAUGACAACGCCCCCGCCUUCACCCAAUCCUCCUACACCCUGUCUGUCCGCGAGAACAACAGCCCCGCCCUGCACAUAGGCACCAUCAGAGCCACAGACUCAGACUCAGGCUCCAAUGCCCAUAUCACCUACUCGCUGCUGCCAUCACAGGACCCGCAGCUGGACCUCAUCUCGCUCAUCUCCAUCAAUUCAGAUAAUGGGCAGCUGUUCGCGCUCAGGUCCCUGGACUACGAGGCUCUAAAGUCCUUCGAGUUCCUCGUGGCCGCCACAGACCAAGGCUCCCCCGCACUCAGCAGCCAGGCGCUGGUGCAUGUGCUGGUGCUGGAUGACAAUGACAAUGCACCCUUCGUGCUCUACCCUCUGCAGAACGCCUCUGCGCCCUGCACUGAGCUGCUGCCCAGGGCGGCUGAGCCUGGCUACCUGGUCACCAAGGUGGUGGCAGUGGACCGCGACUCUGGCCAGAAUGCCUGGCUGUCAUUCCAGCUGCUCAAGGCCACGGAGCCAGGGCUGUUCAGCGUGUGGGCGCACAAUGGCGAGGUGCGCACCACCAGGCUGCUGAGUGAGCGCGAUGCCCCCAAGCACAGGCUGCUGCUGCUGGUCAAGGACAAUGGUGAUCCUCAGCGCUCUGCCAGUGUCACUCUGCAUGUGCUGCUGGUGGAUGGCUUCUCCCAGCCCUACCUGCCUCUGCCAGAGGUGGCGCGCGACCCCGCACAGGAUGAUGAAGAUGUGCUCACGCUGUACCUGGUCAUUGCCUUGGCGUCUGUGUCUUCACUCUUCCUCUUGUCUGUGCUGUUGUUCGUGGGAUUGAGGCUGUGCAGGAAGGCCAGGGAGUCCUCACUAGGGGUCUGCUCUGUGCCUGAGGGACACUUUCCUGGCCACUUAGUGGAUAUCAGCGGCACUGGGACUCUGUCCCAGAGCUACCAGUAUGAGGUGUGUCUGACAGGAGACUCUGGGACUGGUGAGUUCAAAUUCCUCAAACCUAUGAUUCCCAAGUCAUUGUUUCAGAACCCUGAGAGAGAAGUUAAAGAAGGUUCCCACUGCAGGGAUAGCUUUGUAUUCAGUUAAUGUUUCAAUUGUGUCUGUGAAUAUGUGUUUUUGGCAAAUCUAUGGUAAAAUGGUUCUCUUUAAAAAGUGAAUCAUUUUAUCUAAGUAUUGACAAUGUAAUCAACGUUUAUGCAGUUUACUUUAUUACUUCAAUGUGGUGGUAUUUUUGUUUAUUUCUUGCUAUCCCCUGCACUUAGUAGUUUCAAGUAUAAUGAAGAUUAAGAACCCAAUUUCUGUAUAUUACAACUUAUGUUUUACUUUAACUCAAGUAUUACAGAACAAAAUGUAUUUUACUUUACCUGUCUUUGAGUUUUUGUUUUUCUUUUUUGUUGUUGUUGUUGUUGUUAUUUGCUUUUUGAAACAGGGUCUCACUAUGUAACUAUGGCGCUCAUAGAACUAACUCUAGAGGCCAGGUUGGCCUCAAGGUGAUAGACAUCCAUCUGUCUCUGCCUCCCAAUUGCGGGUUACUCUCUCUUUUUGCCACAUAAUUACAACAUUUAUUUCCAAGGUGUUCCCAUUUUUUCAUAUACUGUAAUUGCUAUUAUUAAAUGUAGGGCCUAUUAUAUUCUAACUGUAGCUUUAUUGGUUUGCAUAUUAAAUAUAUGACCUGUUA